UGGAGACAUGGCGCUACUAUGAGACGAAGUAAAUUGGAAAUAUGGCGUCGUUUGGCAAGGGUAUGUGGAAUGCAGGAUGUUUAGAAACGGCUUUUUCGUCCUGCAAAGGAAAACCAGUUCUUGCAGUGUAUAAGGGCCUUGAACACGCAUUAACUGAUCCAAACAAGCAAUAUCGUGACAAAGUAAAUGCCCUGUUAUCAGCCUGGGAACAUGUCUGUGCACUGCUACAAAAUUCCACUGCAGAAGUCAAAAAUAGUAUGAUCCAAUGGAUAGUCAGGCACACCCUGAAUGUUGUUCUACGCAAGCAGUGGCCUGGAAGUUCAAGAGCUACAAAAACACAUUUGAUUGUUAGCUUGAAGAGAUGUUCAUCGUUACUCACGGGAUCUAAUGCCCACAUGUGCCAUAUUCUUUCUGAAAUGGUGAACAAGCCAUGGGCUCAUCCUUUACUGCGAAAAGUCAUGGAAGAGUCUGAGUGUAUCACUGAAGAGGAAGCCCUUAAUUUUUGUAAAUAUGAAACUUCAUGCAUAGUUAUAAUGAGGCUGCAGAUAUUGGUUGAAGAAGGAUUGUCGGAGUACUCAACUUUCAAAUAUGCUGAGUUUGUAGCAGCAUGUUUAUCAUUUCAUGAUCCAUCAUGGGCAGAAGAUGCACCUGAGGAGGACACCAUGUUUGUUCAUUACACAUACCUGGUCCUGCUUUUAAAAUUCAGGAAGAGUGAUAACUUACUUGAUUAUAUCAGAAUAAUGAACCUGAAUGAAGGAUUGAAGUUUAUGAAAAGUCUGACAAGGAUAAAGAGUAUAGUUCCAUGUUCAGAAUGGCCGGGACUGUGCAAAAAUGUAGCAAAAUUUGCUGCUAAGUAUUUUUUGAGUUUGGCGUUAAGAACGCCAGAAUGUGAAAAUAUGUUGUUAAAAGAUGUUGCAAGUGAGUUUGUGUUGUGUUGUGAAAUGGACUUCCAGUUUGUGUGUGACCAUAUGAGACUCAUGCCCCAUCUUGCCGCUACUGUGACACACAUGUAUAUAUUGUGUGAAGUUCUGGAGGAGAAGUUUGGUGCGAUAGCGAAGUCCUUCUGUGUGCAAGGAUUCAUAAGACGCCUGUUUUCUGAAAUAGGCACAAUUGAAGAGCUACAAACAACACGUCAAGAGGAAGGGGACUCUCAAGAAAAACGUGACUUGCUUUCCGAUUUGCAGUGUAUGUUGUCUGAUGGAUAUUUGAAACUGGGUCACUUACUGCGAGAGAACUUGAAUGUCUACAAGGAGUGUGUGCUAACAGCGUUCUCAUUAAACCCUACAGAGGAUUUAUACCAUCAUUUACAUAGCCUUGCCUCUUUAAGUGGUAAAUGUAUUUCUGAUGAAAAUAAAUGUACAGAAAUCGUAGAGCAGCCACUGGUUCAAGACUGCACCAUUACAAAGCUACCUAUUAAUGAACACUUACAAGAAACAAAUGAAAGUAAUUAUGCUGGCAAUACAGACUUUGCUUAUAUGAAUAUGCCAUCAACGUCAUCUGCUGUGUUCCCUAAAUAUCAAAUAAGGCCACAGACAAGGCAUACAGCCUCACGUGGGGAUAUACCCAUUGCCACUUCAUCUUUAGUAACUGUAAGGUGCAGAUUGAAAGAGGAUGACAAGAGAGACUUGGGAGCAUUGUAUGCAAUGAGUGGAAACCUAUUUACUAGUGCAGAAAACUAUGAUCCCUACAGUGCCCCCAACCAUGUGUUAGAUGCAGGAGAAUUCAAGUUCUCUAGAACUGUACUUCAUGAUUUAGUAUCUGUGUUAAACAAUCCACGAAACAAACAGCUUAGUUGGGCAGAGGGUUGGGCUCAGCUAAGCAGGAAUUGUCUGGAAUACUUAAGAAACAAAGAGACACGAAAUUGCAUGAAGGAACUGAAAUUUCUGGAAAUUGAUUAUGAGAAAUACCGUGACUGGCCAAGAUUGUGUGACUAUGGAGGUAUAGAGAAGGGAUAUGAACAGUGGGCAGAUAUCAGUAAUGAUUCAGAACAACUUUGUAUUACAAGUAAUUACAAACAUAGAUCUUCAGAGUUAACUGUAGAUUCCUGUAUAGAUUCGGCAACACAGGAUAGCGUAGAUACUGUAUUUACAUUAAAACCAGUCCGGAAACGAAAAGUGAAGAAACCUGGAAAAUCCCCACAAAAAGGAAAGAGGGGAAGAAAAAGUACAAAUGUCACACAUAGCAGUGUUAAAAGUAUUGUUUCACAAGGUCCCAUAACUGGCUUCUCGGAUUGCACUCAGGACAGCCAAAUUGAGGAGAAUAAUGAAAGAAAGAUUGCAGCAAAGAUUUGUAAGGAUAAAUGUAUUAGGAAGUUUACAUACAGGAGGAAGAGGUGUAAGACUGUGGAAAAAAUGUCUACACUAGAAACAGACUGGCCACAGCAAACUGAGGUUAGAGGCAGUCUUAAAAAGAUAGUUAAUAAAAAGUUUACUAGGAAAUCUAGCAAAUGUUUGAAGCGUGUGAAAAGCUUAGAACAUGCUUCUCCAAUAGAAACAGACUGCACAAGUGACGAAGUGACAUCUGUUGGACCAGAUAUUUGGAAAAGAGGUUAUAAGAAUUUAGACAAAAAUAUGUAUAUGAAAAACCCUGAACUUUCCUUGUUAGAAGUAGAUGAGGUACCAGAUAUUCAGGCUAGUACUUCAGUGAAGAGUUAUAAGAAGAAAUAUGUUAAAAAGUCACGCAAAUCUAGAAAGCAUUGGAAGAAUUUGGUUGAAACAGACUGCUCACAUUAUAGUGACAUUGAUGAAAAUAGUAUUUCUAAGGUUGCAACAAAGCGUCCCAAAAGAAAGUGUGUUAGAACAUUGAAAAAAUCUACCAAACGAUUGAAAAAUAUGGAAGAGGAUUCACUUCUUGAAACUGACUGUACAAGUGAUGAGGUGACCCACCUAAAUUACCAGCCAGACGUUUAUGUGAGUGAAGGUGAAAAUGUUUCUGAAAGAUCUAUGCAUGUGCAGAAUUUUGAAGACAUUUCUAUUGGAUCAAAUGGUGCUCAGAGUAGACGAUAUGAGAUUAGAACUGCAGAAGAUUCAGCAAGAAAUGUUCUUGAUAGGGGGCCAACCGAAUAUUGGAGUACUUUCAAUAAAAUACCUGAGAUGGAUACAGGUUGUACACAAGGCAGUGAAGGUGAGCAAAGACCUGGGGUGGUGACUGCAACACAAACUAUACAAAGAGAGAAGAUUGCUAAAUCCACAAAGCAAAGAAAAGAUUUAGAAAAAGAUUCUGUAUUGUAUUCAACAUGGGGGCAUAACAGUCAAGCUGAAGAAGACAUUGUUAGAAAGGCUCAAACAAAGGCACAGAAGAGAAAGUCAGAUAAAAGUGAUGUCUGUACUAAGACUGUAGAAGAAACAAUUCUAGUGAAUUCAGGUUACAGGGUUGAUAGUUAUGUUGAUGGCAACUUGGAGGGAGUGCAAGGAUCGAAGAUUUGUGAGAGCCACAAAAGUGUAAGAACAAGUGGAAAAUCUGUUGCCGAUAUUAAGGAUUUCCAAGGAAAUUCUUUGUUGUUCUCAAAUUACACACAAAAAAGUGUGGCUGAAGCUACUACUGUGGGAGAGAUUGCAGCAAAUACUUGUAAAAGGAAAUAUCUUGGGAAAGUAGAGCAACAGACAAUGGGUGUAAAGAAUUUUGAUGUAAAAUUAUUGUCAGACAAUCAAACUGAAGAAAGGAAUUUGGUGGGUACCACAUCCAAAACUCAUCAUAGAAAAUAUGCAAAGAAGACUGAGAAACGUGCAGAACCUGUUAUGGACUUUGAAGAAAAAGCUGUGUUAGACUUUGGAGGUGUUGCAGAGCCGUCCCUUGAAGGUUCUGCAUUUUUUGCGUAUGAUUCAGACACACAAGAUGAAAAGAGUGCUGCUAACGUAUUUAACAUGGAAUGUGAUGUGAUGAGGAAGAAAGAAGGUAUUGUCAGAGGCCUUAAGAAGAAGAAAUUACCUCCAGAGAAGAUCACAGAAGUUUCUGCUUUCAGCAGUGCAGUACAUGAUCGUAAUAAUGAUGACGUGGGACCACCUAUUAGUUCUGUCUGUGAAACCGACUUUUCUUCACUUGGGAAGCAAGUAAAUCCUCUUUCACCAAGUGUGGGGCAGCUGAAUCCGGAACCAUCUAGUGGGAUACUAUUUCAUCCUGAUUUAAAUACACAGUCCUUUAUCCCUCCAUUUAAGAAAGCCAGUGAGCCAGAAGUUUUGCAGUCAUUACGCAAAUUCAGACCAAAAAGCACAAACAGAUCAUUAGAAGAAAGUAUCUUUUCUCCAAAUAUGAUUGGUGAUGGAACGAGAAUGUUGUUUCGUGAGGGUAAAAUUUAUUAUACUGAAUUCGCACCAAUGUUAAGUACACUGAACCUUAACCCACAUGUUGUACUUGAAGACAUAGCAACAGUUUUGAAUUCAAGAGAAUGUGGUGGACCAUUUGAUACAUCUCAGCAGACAAAAAACUCUAGUGCGUUUUCUGAAAAAAACAGCAGCAGUCCUAAGAAGAGUCAUAGUACAAAAUUUACACCACCACCACCGCAGUCCAAGAAAACAUAUAGCUCCUGCACUGGACUAAAAAAAAAGCCCAAUCGUAAACUGUCUGACAGGGAAAUACUUGCCAAUAGUGUUCCUGGUUUAAAUAGUCUUGAAAUGAUUGUACCUCCAUUCCAGGAGCCAACAGUGCAAGUUGUUCAGUUGCCAAGAAACCAUCCUUCAGGUAAUGCAUCAAAUAAUGAAACUAGUUCACUUCCUACUAAAGUGAACCAAAAAAUUGAGAACAGCUCCAACACCAGUGGAACAAGUCACAUAGAAACAGCCUCAACAUCUGUAUCUCAAGAUCCAGCUUCACAGCAGUCACAAGUUACAAUAAACUCUGAAGAAAACAGAACCUCUCAGAAUUUGCCAUCCAGUUUCUCAGCUCAAAGUAACUCAUUAGCAUCACAUAAUGAAAAACAAAGAAGUUCGCAGUUAGAAGUGAAAUACUUAACAAAAGCAAGUGACGUUAAUGAAAUAUUACGCAGUACGCUUACAGACUGCUCAUCGCAGAGUCCACCGACAUCUGCUGUUGCACCAUCACUAAAUUCAUCAGGACCUGUUAAACAUAAAGUUAAAUCGCAAAGUGAAGUGAAGUAUCUAACAACAACAAGUGAAGUAAAUGAAGUACUUCGUAGUGUAAUUGCAGAAAACAGUCAGGGUCCAAUGUCCAAUUCGACACAUAUCAUGGGAUUGGUGAAGCAGAAGCCUAACACCAGAGCGGAGGCGAGGUUACUUGCUGCGUACGAAACAGCAAGAAGUAUUACGGCAAAGAAAGCCACAGAAGGUAGUACAUCUCUAGGAGGAAGAGGCAGUAUACUGAGCACACUGCAGGUUCCACCUUCCAAAGGAGUUGUUGAUAUUAGUAUGCUUUCCAGUCUUAUUUCUUCUGGCACUCACCGAUACUUGGAAAAUUACCCUUCCAAAAAGGAAUCUUCUAAACCCCCAACAAAGUUAAAUUCACGCUCACAGGGCUCAAGAGUUUGUGUAUCUUCUUGUGAUAGCUCUCGUGCACAUAAUCUGCAAAGCCAUAUGCAGAACUCGGCCAUCAUCAGAAGUGCACACACUGCUCAGUCAGAUGAGCAAAUCCCUGAACGGAUGUCUGUCCUUGAGGAAAGGUUAAAAAAAAGUUCUGUUGCUAGUGUAGCUGUUAAGUGUGAUACUACUAACCAAAGUGAAACACCAGUUUGUGCUUCACAGGUUGCAACUUUACCAAAAUUUCAACAAGCAUUUGGAAAGUCUAUAUAUAAUCAGACAGGCAGCAGUGGCAGUGGUGCUGGUGGCGGUGGCAGCAACAGCAACAGCAGUACCAGCAGCAACAGCAGCAGCAGCAACAACAACAACAACAGCAAAAACAACAACAACAACAAUAGCAGCAGUGGGGGUGGUGGCAGUGAUGGGAAUGGUGGAGGUCGUGGUGGUGGGGGUAGCAACAGUGGCGGCGGCGGCGGCGGCGGCGGCGGUGGCGGUGGCGGUGGCGGUGGUGGUGGUGGUGGUGGCAGCGGUGGCGGCGGUAGUAGUGGAGGCAGCAGCGGUGGAGGAGGAGGCAGCAGCAGUGGUGGAGGCAACAGCAGCAGUGGUGGUAGCAGCAGCAGCAGUGGAAGCACUGGUAGCAACAAUGGUGGCAGAGGCCACUGCAACAGCAGCAGCAGCAGCAGCAACAACAACAACAACAACAACAACAAUGGCAGCAGCAGCAGCAGCAGUAGUAACAACUGUAGCAGCAGUGGCAGCACCAACAGCAGUAGUAGUCGCUGUAAUGGCAGUGGCACCAACAACAGUGCUGUAGAAAAUGGAGCUAGUGAGCCUGCUACCACUGUAUCAAACACAGAAGAUGUGCAUAGUACUCAUGGCAUUGCUGGAGGCUCGCAGAAAAGUGAUUCAGAGCUGCAGUCCAUACCCAAAUCAUCAGUAAGUACACUUCAUUCAAAGGCAGUACAGACAACAAGCAUUAGUACUUUGGUGUCACUUUCAAAUCCAGUUUCAUCAGCUUUGCAAGCUGACUCUCUAAAUGUCUUGAUGACUACAGCUCUACAUCUUAAUACAGCAUCUGUUCCUCAUGAAGGUUCUUUGCAAAAGUCACUUGCUACCACAUUUAAAAGGGCAACUAGAUCAUCUGUCCAAGCAGGACAGUGCCCGUCGUAUGACAUGCACCGUACAAAUGCCUCUGCUGUUACAGACAACCCUAUAUCUGGAAGUUUAGAUGGGAUAUCUAGUCAUACCUCAGAUAGUAACAAUGUGACACACAAAAAUUCUCUGCCAGCCUCCCGGUCGUCUCAGGUACCGACCACAACUGAUAGUACCAGUGCUCCUACACAAAAUCCAGUACUUGCUGUCACCAAAGAUAGUAUUAUUAGAAGUAAUAAGAAUGCAUUACUGGCUGCUGCGCUGCAAUCAACCACACCUCUUAGACGAUCUUCUGUGAGUAGUGGUACGUCUUCCAGUUUGACCAGUAACAUAGAACAAGCUGCCAACAUGUGCAUUGCUGAAAGCUCUUCUUCAGAAGAUGAAGCGACAGAUGUUGGAACUCAGACUCAUAUUUCUUCAGUACAGCAGACCCAGAGACUAUCUGUUAAUGAACUUCGCAAGACUACUUCAAAACCUUUGUUGCAAACAUCUCACAAUUUAAGACCUGUUCUACAUAUUCCCAACAGUAAUCUUGUUGGAGCAGCUAAUGUUACUGAAUUAACCAGUUCAGUUUCAUCACCUUUAAGACAGCAGCAGAUUGUCCAUUCUUUGUUAGGUCCUAGUUCCUCUGCUGUCACAAGGCUUCCAUCGCAGAAUGUGGCAGCAACUGAUGCGUUAAUAAGCCACAGUGCAAUCGAGCCAUCUGUAAGCUCAACAACAUUGGAACAGCUGAGAGAAUUUGAGUCUGUUUUAGAGCAAGUUACAAACACGUCACAAAUGAAGGAGCGGAGCACUGCUGUGACUCAGAAUCAGCCGGACCUAAUUAAUGAAGAUCUUCUUUCUCAGUCAUCAAGCACGGUUGAAACGUCUUCGGAUUUCCCAAGUGCACCAAAUGAUAGUUCAUUCUCACAAGAUUCUUAUCCAUCAACUACAAUUACAACCCCACCAAGAGUUGGUAUAACUUUUGUUGCUCAGUCUCCACUUCGAUCGUCGAGCAUUGCUGGAACGAGUGGAAAGAUUGCAUCUCCUGUAGUUGUAGUUACCAGUUACUGUCAGCCAGUUACAUCACCAGCUUUAAGUGUGACUUCACAGAGUUCUUCUAGUCCUUGUGUGACACCUGCACCAAAUCCUUCCAUAUCAAAUGGAAAACCACCACCAAAAUCCUCAAAAUCCAAAACUAAAUCUGUUAAGUCAAGCCCGUCAACGACAAAUUCUAAAUCUUCACCAGUUCCUAAACCACAGCAGAAACCUCAAGAAGAUGAAGUUACGGCUCAGCGUAUUUAUGCAAUACUUGAUGAAUAUGCAGAACAGCUUAGAAAUUCUCCAGAUUUGAAUAACAAACCUGCACCUCGCAGAAGAUCAAAUCCACCUACCAACCCAAGCCAGUCUUCAAAGCGAAAGAAGUCUUCCCAAAACAAAUCAAAACUUCUUGGGCAGCAGUCAUCUUCAUCAGCACCUGACAUGAGUCCUGGCACAGAUGAUCCAAGAACUAUGGGAAGUGAAGAUAGUUCUAGUGGUAUAAUGCAGCUUUCUCAUAUUCAGGAUUCACCAGCUUCAUCCGCCCAAGCAAGUGAUGAACCAGCAAGUUUAAGAUCUACUUCCACAGAAGCAUCUUCUGAAUCCUGCAAGCCAGUUGUGUCGGAAUCAGGUGAAAAUCAAGACUCUCGCCAACAACCACGUUUAAUUUUUGCUGAAGCAACAGGUCGUCAGGGAAGAGCAGUAUCUGUUCAGGAUGACAUUCAGUCUGCUGAGGUUGCUGUCUCUGGUAGUGCAACUGUUGUUGCAGGAAAAUCAGUAAUGGUGGGAAGCACAGCAGUACCAUUGUAUGUGCCAGGAAAUGUCCGUCAGGUGUUUCUACCUGUGACUCCAGGAUUGGCUGCACAUGUUCAAGGUCGACCAAUGGUUGUAUCAAAAGGAUCAAAAUUUAUAAGAGUUCAUCAAGUAACAGUCCCAGCUGGACCACUUCACCUCCACCAAGUGCCGGUCGUGGUGCGCCAGAUGUGCGUCAAUAAGCAGUCAUCAACUGUUGGUGCUUCAGUAUCUGUACUUACCCAGCCAUCUGUCAAACAGGUUAAGCGUCCACCUGCAAAUACUUCUCCAGAAUCUUUAUCAGGAGGAUUGGCACAGUCUUCUGUUCUACACCAGUUAAGCAGUCAGCAGCAAACAUCUGUUUCUGAUGUAUCUUCCAGUGCUACUCAAAGCUUAUCUUUUCCAGAGUCGAGUCUGGAUAGUGUAGGCACUACUAUUGCAGACGCUGUUAUAAAAACUGAACCUACUGAUGAUACCUCAUCAGUUUCAGAAGGCCAUAUAAUGUGCGAAGGUAGUCAGAACAGUCUACUUGAGACAAUAACAUCUGCUGCUAAUGAUGCUACUGCUCUAACGUCUCCAGCAACUACAUCUUCUGGUGUCAUAGCUACCACUACUUCUUCAGGACCAGGUGUAAACAUUUCCAGUGUUAUUUCAGCACCUGAAGAUAAACUAUAUCAAAGCUCUGAACACAGCACAGUAAAUGUGAAAGUAGAACCUCCAGAUCUGUCUAAUAACAGUAAUGAAGAGCAGAAUGAAGAAAACCAGCUGUGCAACAAUCACGAAGAAAGAUCUGUGUUUCGACGAACAUAUGCAAUUGUAAUUAAUCCACCAAUCGAUGUGCAGAAUUCACGAGUAAAUAGGACUAUGCAACGUUUGAAUAUUGGCUUUACCAGACAUUCCACAGUAACUUCUAGGAAUGGUAACCAACCAGAAGCACUAAACAAAGAUUUUGCAUCAAGCAGAAAGCCUCUUAAGACGGAAGCUGAUAGUAUGCUUAAUUCUGAAUCUGAGAGUUCUGAAUAUCAUUCGGAUAAUGCUCUUGCAACACAACUGAAUCAUUUCUCAAAACACAGUGGCAGCUUGACAGAAAAUGGUGAAUCUGGACAUUCUGUGAACAGUGUGUUGAACUGUCCACUACCUUCAGCAUUGCCAGAUUCAACAUACCAUUUGAGGAAAUUGGGUAAAAGCAGAGAAAGCAGCCAGCCAGCUGGAGGAUUCCAGAGCUCUACUCAAAAUACAAUUUGCACAAGUCCAUUAGAUGUGUUUCCAACUGAAAGUGCAACUAGCAUUCUAGAAGACUGCCCACCAAGAACUAUAGAGGAGAAUGGUUGUAGUGACAGUUUAUCAUCUUCUGAACCAAGUUUAACACAUACACUACUUUGUCGCAGAAACUCUCAGAGCCCUCAGAAGGUAAGCUUACAAUCUGAAGUGGGAAGGAAAAUAAGUUCAUGUGAUAAGAAUGGAUCAGCUGAUAUUGAGCUGAAUGCAGCAGUUGAACACAUUGUGUCUGAAAGUUCCAAAAGUGCAAAUGAUCAGACACAAGGAAAAGAAGUUGGUGCGUCAAGUGAAGCUCAGCUAGAUUACUGCAGCGGGCCGUAUUCAUCCAUUAAAAGCCAACUGGACUACAUUUCUGAUGGACCUUAUAGCAUAUCAAAGAUUGAUGGCUGUGAUACCCCAUGGCGUUUUGUUCCGCUUAUAAGAAAGGUUAAAGUAGCUAUACAACCAGUAACAUUAAAAAAGGAUACAGAAGAAAGUGAACCACUUGUUAGGAAUAUCCAUCUUUCAACUAAUUUGCCAGAAGUGGAAGAUACAGCAAAUGAACAGCGUGACUAUCUAACGGAUUCCAAGCUGGCUACAGUUAAUAGGAAGGCAAAUGUGAGUUCGACUGUUCUUACAACUUUCCGGAAAAAUGAUAUUCCCAGUACACGAGUAGAUAAAAGUCAAGGGAGUGACAGGGUACAGCAGAAAAUAGCUAGAGUUGAGAGAGAGUUAAAACUUCAGAAAAGUCUGUCUGAAGAAUGUGAAGAUUUAGGUGUUGAUGAGCCAAGUACAAGUGAUCUAUUUCCUGAAGCAGAUCUGUUAUUGGAUACGAAUUCAUCACCACCCUUUGAUCAGACACUGCAGGAUACAGCUUGUGGUCAUUGUGUUGAUGGUACAGAAACUUACUCUAAUUCAGCUUUUAAACCCCUCGAAUACUCUUCCAGUAGUCAGGAUGAUUCUCAGAACAGUUGUAUUUCUUCUGAUAUUCAUGAAUCAAACAACAGAUUUCGGCAAGGAAAGAAACGUAAACGUAGUGUCAAUAUUCCUAAUUUUGAUUGGAAGUAUACAGAAAGAAAAACUUUUUGUCACGACAUUGUCAGUAAAAUAUGCCAGAGUUCCCGUGAAACAUCCAGCAUUUACCAUAGUGGAAAUACUAUAAUAAAAGGUACGGGCAGUGGAAUCGGAUCACGAUCGUUGGAGGAUACUAGUGGAGGUUUCAGAGACACUCUGUCAGAUAGUGCACCAAGUAGCAGAUUAAAACACUCUAGUCCAGGAACAGAUGCUGUCUUGCCUGACGUCAGCACCUGUAAUACAAAAGAAGUGUCUGAUAAUUUAAUGAAGGAUGCAGUUUGUGGAAAGAAGUUAGAAGGACCAUUGCAGCAAACCCAUCCAUCCAACAGUUGCAUGAAAAGUCAAACAGUUGCCACUGUGAACAGUAAAGGAGAUAUGGUCGCAAGUGCCAGUGAUAGCACUUUUUGUAGCUCAAGUGAAGACAGUGUCACAAUGUUGGAUACGUUCUCAACAAGUAUGAUAGUAUCAUCUCUAGAUGUAACAAUUCCCUCUCCUCUCCCCACAUUGCCAUCUGUCAUACAGUCUAAUGAUAAUUCCCAGGAACCACUUCCAUCUGCAACGGGAACUCAGAAGUACUCGAAUACAUACAGUAAGAGGCCCUCGUGUGAACAGGGCAGUAGUAAGCUACUGAAGCGUGCUCGUCUAAACCAGUCCGAACAGUAUUAUAAUGAACAUAUAGAUUCUCAGGAACGAUGGGAGUCGUCUAGUUCACAAGAGAAAGUUUGCGCUGAUGAUGAAGAUUCGGGAUCUCGUAGCAGGUCAGAAGAACAACCAAAUUCUGAUGUUGAUGUUUUAGAUAUAAGCAAUGAUGCAUUUUCAUCAUCACCGAGAUUCCCUUCCUUAAAUAUUACAAAUAGCACAGGUUCAAGUUCACAGUGUAAUGAAUCUAUAAUAAAGACAUUUGAGUUGAAUGGGAUUGAUAGAAUUUCACUUUCAAGUGCUAGUAUACAAGAGAAGCGGAUAUCUUCAAGGAAACUUCCUGAUCAUAGUGAUUCGGAAUGUCACUCCUUAGACAUCAAGAAUAGCAGAAAUGUGGAGCACGAUCAUUUCUGUCAUAAACAAAGUGUAAUACAUAUAAAUUCUUCAAAGACGAGAGCUUCGCAGCGUGGUCAUCUGAAGAGAGGCUGUCCAUGCUGUUCACUUUCAUCUCGCUCAUCUAAGAAGAAGAUGGAAGAGAAACCAGGAAAGAAAGGACCUUUGGGAAAGCAAACAAUAAAAGGUUCCUUGCCAAAGAAGAGAUAGUUGAUUUUAAAAACUCAUGUAAAUAGUUGUAAAUUCUGUGAAGAUUUGUAUUUGUUUUCACAUUGGGUGCGACAGUCACAGAUAGUGAACUGAAAAACUGCCACAGUGUUUGUAUAGAAUUGCUUUUGCAUAUCUUAUGUAAAUAAGUGAGAUAGAUCCUAAUACAUGUUCAUGAAGCAUGAAACACAAAGCCAUAUUCUUUUUAAACUUUUAUUGUUUGCAUUCCCAAUGUUCUGAGUCAGAUAUGCAGUAAUUAUUCAUCCUUAACCUCAGUUUAAGCUAGUCAAUUUUCCUGUUAAUCUGAGGUACUCAGUAUCACUUUCUGCACUGUUAGUACAAAUUUUUAUGGUUAACCAUGCUUAUUCAGUCUUUCAGCAAAGCAGUUGUGUGUUUUCUUGAAAUUGGUAUGUGAGAAACUGCUUGGAGAUGCAAAUAUUCAAUAUGUUAUUUUACAUUCUUUUAUUUUGCAUUUGAUAAAUAUGUUGUGAGUUAAAUUGAUGUUAGGUGUAAGUUGUGUGUGUGUGUGUGUGUGUGUGUGUGUGUGUGUGUGUGUGUGUGUGUUUUACUCAUGUUAUAGAGUUGUGACAAUUUGUGGAUGUGAGAAGAUAUUAGUAUUUUUUUAUUAAAUUUGAUUUGAUGAGUAAUGGGGAAAGUCCUUGCAUUCCUGUAUAUUAAUCAUUAUAUAAUCGCCUGAUGUGUUGAAAUUUGUGAGGUCACUGUUAGAGAAAUGGAAACAGAAUUGAAGUAUGGUUAAAUGAUAUUUGUACAAUUACCUUACAAUAUUAGGUAUGGCUUGUAUCAGUAUUUUAUUUUAUUUUAUUAAUUUAUUUCAUAUUUGAAAGAGAUUUAUGUAUUCAGACAUUGUAUAAAUGAAGCUUUAUUAAACAUCUCAGAUUUUCCCACAAAGAGAGAAAUCUCUUCGCUGUAAUACAGUGUUUCACAUCAGUUGAAAGCUACACUUUUAAGAUGAUUUGUCUCUUUCUGAUGGUGUACCUUAAGUUUAUGAAAAGAAUUCGUAAUUGAAAUGAAACAUUUCAAAAGCAGGAUCCAGCUGUAAUAAUUUUCAUACACACAUUAUGCUGAAAACGCACAGUUAAUUUCCAAGAGGAGGUGUGGUUUGAUAAUUUAAGUAAGGAAUUUGUGUUAUGUGUGCUAUAGAAAAUACUUUUUAAAAGUUUCAUCAAGUGCAUUGUUUAGUAUAAUAACGGGAUUGAAUUUUGUUAAACAUUGUCGCUCCAUAUAGAUUUACCUGAUUUUUUUUUACUGCUGAUGCAAAAGGCAAAGUAUUUAUUAGUUGAGCAACUAUUAUUUAACAUGGAAUAUUUGUACAAAUUUGCCACCUCAUUCUUAUGUUGUCGUUUUUCUGUGUGCCUGUUAUGUACUAAAAGAUUAUUCUUCCCCUACAGAUAAACCUAAAGAUAAACAAAAAGUACAACUCUCUCUCUCUCUCUCUCUCUCUCUCUCUCUCUCUCUCUCUCUCUCUCUCUCUCUCUCUCUCUCUCUCUCUUUGUCAUGUGGUUGCUUUGUUUUUGUUGUGUGAUUGUCCACCCCCUCUGCUAUCUUCUUACCUCUUUCUCCGCAUAUUCUUCUCUCUGAAAGAAGAGAAUCAGUCCAAAACAGCUCUGUAAAUUAUUAAAUAUUACUUACACAGUUACAGUGGCAUUAUUAUUUCUAAAAUUAUUACUCGUGUUUUCAUUUGAGUAAAAUAUGAUUAACAAGUUUACUCGGUAAAUCUUGUAGAUUAUUAAUUGGAUUUUGUAAACAACCUACUAAAUGCACUGGAGGAUUCCACAAGAGAACUACCAUAACCAUAAUUUGGAAGUAUUAUUCAUAGUAUUAGGCAAUCUUCAUAAUUAUAAAACCUGAAGUACAGCAAAUGAUUUCAGUUGCAAGUUACAUGUUGUAGAUUGAUUUUAUUUCAUAUUAAAAAUUUAUUAUUAGUAUUGAUGUGCAUAGUGAAGUUAAUUUCCAUGCACUUACAUAUAGUGCCAACAUUAUAGUAAAACAUGCUCAGAAGAAAGUACUUCUAGGUGUACUGUUCUAUUUUGCCUCGAAUCAUGUAAAAAUAUGUCCAUAGUGACAAUGAAAAGAGACUAGACCUAUGAAGUGCUUACAGUUAACCUGCAGAAAAAGUUAGUAGGUGUGUGUAAAAUCUGCUCAAGAAGACAGGGGGUCUCUCUCUCUCUCUCUCUCUCUCUCUCUCUGUGUGUGUGUGUG